GCUGCCCAGCACCCGGUCAGCGUCCCGACCCGAACGAGAUUUUCCCGCGCCCGACCGCCGCUAGCCGGGCCUUCUCCGAUCGUCAGCAGAUAACUGCCUGUCGGCCAACCCGAGCGCGCCCUGCCGAGCACCACCCCGUGCUGAGCAUGGCCGAAGCUGAACCACCGCCCGAGACCGCCGCCUGCGGCUCGAGCGCCGUUUCCUCUCCUCCGCCGCCCCCAGUCCCCGCUGCGGACCCUAAGCUGCAGCAGAUACAGAGCCCCAAAGACCAUGCUGCCUCGCCGGUUCUCGCAGCUCAGACCGACGACAUCUUCAGGGUUCCUUCGCAGGCCGCCCUGAGGCUGUUGAGCGCGGGAAUCGAGGCCCUCGUCACCAUGACGGGGGACAUCCCGCCGACACCGCCGCCCAAGAGCCCAACAAUACCGCACAUGAGGGGGAUGGAGGAAGAGAAGAGAAGCAUUGUGCGGUCGAACUCGGACAAGAACUUGGCCCGACUGGCCCAACAACGGAGCGCCGCGACCUCGCCGAGACCGGGGCGCUCGCCGCUGCAGACGGUCGAGUCGGCGUCACAGCCGGCGCGGCCCCAGUCGCUGCCGCCGGGUGCGGCGCAGAGCACACAGCCCAUCGACGGCGUGCAGCUGCGCGCCCAGAACCGGGCCCCGCAAACGCCUCCUCCGGACCGCGCACAGCGGUCCCAACCGCCGCUGGCCCCUUACAUCGUCGUCGGCGAGAACUCGCAGCCCGUCAACGUGCAGCACAGCGCCAUCACGCGCAAGUUCUAUUGCCGCGUGCCGCCGCCCAUCUCCAUCACCGACUACCUACUGCGAAUACACCGCUACUGCCCCAUGUCGACCGGCGUCUACCUGGCCACGUCGCUCUACAUACACCGGCUGGCCGUGCUGGAGCGCGCCAUCGUGGUCACCAGGCGCAACGCCCACCGCCUGCUGCUGGCCGGCCUGCGCGUCGCCAUGAAGGCGCUCGAGGACCUGAGCUACCCGCACGGCCGCUUCGCUAAGGUCGGCGGCGUGAGCGAGCGCGAGCUGGCCCGCCUGGAGAUCAGCUUCUGCUUCCUGACCGGCUUCGAGCUGGCCGUGGACGCGCCCGCGCUGCGUGACCACUGGGAGCUGCUGCGGCGCGGGACCGAGUGCUGGAACGUGCUGGACGAGGCGCUGCAGAAGGAGACCGUAUUUGUGCAGCUGGAGCAGCCGCCCAGCGGGAGCGGCGAUCUGAAGGCGCAGGCUUGACUUGUUUUGCGAAUGAUACCAAUGUCUUUUUGGGCGUCCGUGGGGCUACUGAUGUCGAGAUAGAUGGGUGAUGCGUGGCCGUUCGGCCGGUUCUGCCACGUGCUGUCUGCCGGUGCAUAAUGCAUUAACUGGCACGAAUAGACUGGGAAGAUGUUGUGGUACACUAUCGACCACCUUACCG